AUGGCAUCCACUACGGGCACAAUGCGUGGGACACCAAGUCGCAGCGGUCAGGCGCGUGGUCAAUUGCCUGUCUUUAGCAAUAGUCCGGCGUCGAAUAUCCCUCGACCCGCACAAGAUUCUCAUGCGACAAAUGCAACGACUCCAAAUACACAAAGUGAAGUCGGUGGAUCCAGUAUGAGUGCAAGCAGAGCAAAACAAUCCAAGAGGGAUGAGGCCAUCCGGAGAAAGAUCGAGACGGAUCUCAGUAAGAAGAGCAAGACGACAGGUCGUGCUCGUCAAACAAGAAAAGCCCCGCCAGGAACCGUUCUCGCCCUUCGUCCCAGUCAAGCCCUCCAGAUCAAGCCAAAUACCACGGUAGCAGAGGCUGCACAGUUGAUGGCCGCAAAGAGAGAAGAUUGCGUUCUAGUUACCGAUGAUGACGAUCGUAUUGCAGGCAUUUUUACUGCCAAAGAUUUGGCGUUUCGAGUGGUCGGAGCAGGAAUCAAGGCCGCCAAUAUCACAAUCGCAGAGAUUAUGACCAAAAAUCCUCUCUGUGCGAGAACCGACACCAGUGCUACCGAUGCCUUGGAUUUGAUGGUCAGAAAGGGAUUUCGCCAUUUACCAGUCAUGGACGAGAACCAAGAUAUCUCAGGUAUUCUUGACAUCACAAAGUGCUUUUACGAUGCCAUGGAAAAAUUGGAGCGGGCUUAUAGCUCAUCGAGAAAGCUUUACGAUGCUUUAGAAGGUGUUCAGUCUGAAUUGGGAUCCAGUCAACCACAACAAAUCAUUCAAUAUGUGGAAGCUCUUCGAUCAAAAAUGUCCGGACCUACUUUGGAAUCCGUCCUCAAUGGAAUUCCACCUACCACUGUUACCGUACGAACAUCCGUCAAGGAGGCUGCUGCAUUGAUGAAGGAGAACCACACCACGGCUGUUCUUGUACAGGAUGGAGGAUCAAUCACUGGUAUUUUCACAAGUAAAGAUGUCGUUUUACGUGUUAUCGCACCAGGAUUGGACCCCUCCAACUGCUCUGUUGUACGUGUCAUGACCCCGCACCCGGAUUUUGCUCCUAUGGAUAUGACUAUUCAAGCAGCGUUAAGAAAGAUGCAUGAUGGACAUUACUUGAACUUGCCAGUCAUGAACGAUCAAGGCGAAAUUGUCGGCAUGGUUGAUGUUCUCAAACUCACAUAUGCUACCUUGGAGCAAAUCAACACCAUGCAAACAGGUGAGAGUGAUAGCGGUCCAGCAUGGAAUAAGUUUUGGAUGUCUCUGGAGCAUGAUAAUGAAUCAAUGAUCUCUGGUGAAGGGAGUCAUCAUCAUACUACUGGCGGUCGUUCUUUGAUGUCCCCAGACAUGUCAAGAAGUCAUGAACGUCAAGUGGAUGCUAGUGUUGCGCCUAAUGAUUCUGCUUCACAUGUUGGUGUAGAUUCUCCCUCGCAUUCACAUCUGAGUCGUCAUAACGAUAUUCCUCCUGAGGAUGUUCCCUUUGCAUUCAAAUUCAAGGCUCCAAGCGGGCGUGUACACAGAGUUCAAGUCAUAGCCAGUCAUGGUUUAGCUGAACUUAUUUCUGCUGUAACAGGCAAGUUGGGUUCAGAAAUUGAUGCUGUCGGAGGUGUAGCAAACGUGGAGGACGGUAAAAUUGGCUCAUCUGGGUUUGCUCUCAGUUACCUUGACGAUGAGGGUGAUUCUGUAUCAAUCACAACUGAUGAAGACCUUCUGGAAGCAAUUGUCCUUGCUAGAAAUGGUCAUCGGGAUAAAGUCGACUUAUUCGUUCACGAUCCUGAGAAGCCACCAAUGGCUGCUACUUUAGAUCCUCAACCACCUAUCAUUCAAGUAGCAACUCCACCCGCAUCAGCUACUAUCCGAAGACGUCGCGUCGUUGAUUCUGAAGAUGAAAGCGAUGAUGAACCUCGAGUUAAAUCAAAGUCACGAAAGGCAGCAGCUCCACCACCAGCUGCAGAAGUCAUUCAAGGAGUACCAAAUGAGCUCUUAUUACCUGGAGCAAUUGUAACUCUUGCAGUUGUUAUUGUUGGAGUUUUUGCAUUGACUCGCGCUACGAGCCGUUAA